GCCGCCCUCGCCCGCCUGGGGCCGACAGCCGCGGCGCCGGAGAGGAGCCGGUCGUCCCGGGCCGCGGGAGCCGCCCGCCAUGGCCACCAAGGCGCGGGUUAUGUAUGAUUUUGCUGCUGAGCCCGGAAAUAAUGAACUGACCGUUAAUGAAGGAGAAAUCAUCACAAUUACAAAUCCGGAUGUUGGUGGAGGGUGGCUGGAAGGAAGAAACAGCAAAGGAGAACGCGGGCUUGUUCCCACAGACUAUGUUGAAAUUUUACCCAGUGAUGGAAAAGACCCAUUUUCUUGUGGAAAUUCAGUGGCUGACCAAGCCUUCCUCGAUUCUCUCUCAGCAAGUACAGCUCAAGCCAAUUCGUCAGCUGCCAACAGUAACAACCAGGUGGAUAUUUUGGCUCAGAUUGGUUGUAUUGAAAGUCUCAGCCAGUCACCACCUUCCUCAUCUUCUCCUUCUCCUACCAUAAAUAAGGUCAGCAGUGGUAAUGACCCCUGGUCAGCCUGGAGUGCUUCCAAAUCUGGAAACUGGGACAGCACGGAUGGCUGGGGGGCCAAGCCAGAGGGGGCUGCGGCCCAAAGAAACACCUCCAAUAACUGGGACACUGCCUUUGGUCACCCCCAGGCCUACCAAGGACCAGCCACCGGUGACGAUGACGAAUGGGACGAAGACUGGGACGACCCCAAGUCUGCCGCUCCCUACUUCAAGGACUCAGAGGCAGCAGAAGCAGGGGCUGCUCAGCGGGGCAGCAGCCGAGCCGGCUCCUCCUCCAUGAAGCUGCCACUCAACAAAUUUCCUGGAUUUGCGAAACCUGGAAUGGAACAGUAUUUGUUGGCCAAGCAGCUAGCAAAACCCAAAGAGAAGAUUCCCAUCAUUGUUGGAGAUUAUGGCCCAAUGUGGGUCUAUCCUACCUCUACAUUUGACUGUGUGGUAGCAGAUCCCAGGAAAGGCUCCAAAAUGUACGGUCUGAAAAGCUACAUUGAAUAUCAGUUAACACCUACUAACACUAAUCGAUCUGUAAACCACAGGUAUAAGCACUUUGACUGGUUAUAUGAACGUCUCCUGGUUAAGUUUGGGUCAGCCAUUCCAAUCCCGUCUCUUCCAGAUAAGCAAGUCACAGGUCGCUUCGAAGAAGAGUUCAUCAAAAUGCGCAUGGAGAGGCUCCAGGCGUGGAUGACCAGGAUGUGUCGGCACCCAGUGAUCUCAGAAAGCGAGCUUUUCCAGCAGUUUCUAAAUUUCCGAGAUGAAAAGGAAUGGAAAAGUGGGAAGAGGAAGGCCGAGAGAGAUGAGCUGGUGGGAGUUAUGAUAUUUUCCACCAUGGAACCAGAGGCGCCCGACUUGGACUUAAUAGAAAUAGAACAGAAGUGCGAUGCCGUCGGUAAAUUCACUAAAGCCAUGGACGACGGCGUGAAGGAGCUGCUGACCGUGGGGCAGGAGCACUGGAAACGGUGCACAGGACCGUUACCCAAGGAGUACCAGAAGAUAGGGAAGGCCUUGCAGAGCUUAGCGACGGUGUUCAGCUCCAGCGGGUACCAGGGCGAAACAGAUCUCAACGCUGCGAUAACAGAAGCAGGAAAGACUUACGAAGAAAUCGCCGGUCUUGUGGCGGAGCAGCCAAAGAAAGAUCUCCAUUUUCUCAUGGAAUGUAAUCAUGAAUAUAAAGGUUUCCUCGGCUGCUUCCCUGAUAUUAUCGGCGCCCACAAGGGAGCGAUAGAGAAAGUGAAAGAAAGUGAUAAGCUGGUGGCCACCAGUAAAAUCACCCCCCAGGACAAACAGAACAUGGUGAAGCGAGUUGGCACCAUGUCUUAUGCAUUGCAAGCUGAGAUGAAUCACUUCCACAGCAACCGCAUCUACGACUACAACAGUGUCAUCCGCCUGUACCUGGAGCAGCAGGUGCAGUUCUACGAAACAAUCGCAGAAAAGCUGAGGCAGGCCCUCGGCCGCUUCCCGGUUAUGUAGAACACAACAGAACACCAAGAGAUCUCCGAAGUGCUUCUUUCUGACUUUGGGCAAUGCAAUUUUAUUUCUUCCCCCUUCAUCAAAAACAAAGAGGAACAAAAGACCAAAAGCCAAAAAGAAAGAGUUGCAAAAAACUGGGUCUAUUUUAUUAACCAACCUAAAUGCCUCGGUUCAUGGGGUUAGUCUUCUUCAGUUCGUUUCCACAUCCAUUACUGAAAACAAUGGAAAUUGUCUCUAUUUUUGGAAAGUACUUAAAGUUAUCAGAAUUUUGAAUGGAAAAUUAGGGGUUCCCCCACUGAUAUUUUACAUAAAAUUGUAAUUUGUACGUCGUCCAUGAUCUUCUGGGUCUUACCCAAUGUCAGAUAAUUACUAAUUGCUUUCUUUAAAAUAUGAAAUAUACCAGAAUAAAAAUCAUAUAUGUUUGUA